AGCCUUCUAUACAUUACAAGCUUCUAGAAAUAUAUUUAUUUAAAUAAAAAAAAUAUUAUUAUUUAUCAUAUAAAAGUCAUUAUUUACUUAUAUUUUUGUUUUUUUUUAAAAAAAAUUCUAAAAAUUGAAAUAGAAGUAGUUCACAUAAGAAUUUUCAUCAUUAAUUUGUAGAAGAUUUCCUUCAUGAUUGAAAGUAUAAUUAUUAAUUCAAUUUAAAAAAGGAAAAAAUUGAAAAAAAAAAAAAUGAAGGGUGGUUGAGGAAGCUUCCUAGCAACUGGACUUCCUGAGGAAUGCGUCUCGUCUUAUCUUUCCUGUUUGUUCCCACCAUUUAAUUUUAUUUUUCUGUUAAAUUUCAACUCUUUUUGUUUGACAUUGCUUGAAUCCAUAUAGGAAUUGUUUUGUGGUUGAUGAACAACUCUGGCCAAGAACAACGGGUGGACCUGCCUGAUUGUGAGGUGAGUUAUUUCUAGUCCAGGCCUGGCAUGCAGAUUUCCAACGAGUAUAAGGUAAAGCAUUUUGUUGGUUUCCAUUGAUUUUUGUCGUUUUUGGGUGAUAAUGGAAAUGGGUUUGACUUAGGAAAUAAUUCUGUGUUGAUGCUUUUGGUGGGUAGGAUGCUGAAAGAUUUGGUUUUUGAAUGAUAUUUCAGGAAUUCGUGAAUAGGCAAAUUGAAAUCUUGGUGGAUUUGUUGCUGGUUUGAUUUGUGAUUCCGAUUUGGGGCCUUUUUUCCCAUUGUUUUGAGGCAUUUGAACUGGGUUUGAUUUGGUAGAAAGGGUUGCAGUUGAUUGUUUGGCUGUCGAAAAAUUUCAAUCCAUUGAAAUCUGGAAUUUGGUGCCAAAUUUGAAUUAGGAUCUAGUGGAUAGGUUUUUCUGUUGUUUCUUGAAUUGAUCAGACAAAGAUAGAUUUGGAAGGCUAUGGAGCUGGUUCGGGAAGAACCCAGCCCCAAUGGAGAGGUGGAGGAGGACAAUGACAGAGACCUCUCUGGGGAUACUCCUCUCAAGGAGACUCGCCAUAAUCGGACACAUUUUCCUGGUGCCGUGAGAAAGAAAGCAUAUAUAUUCAAUGGGUACGGCGAAUUCUAUAACAAGGAAUGGGAUCUUGCUGAAGGCACAGGCAAUGAGUUUUGUUGGUACCAUGUUGAACUCCCAAAAGGGAAUCAGAAACUCUCACAGGCUGCACAACAUCUCAUUGAUGUUCUUUGCCCACCUUUGAAACUCCAGGACAUUCUCUCACUUGUUAGCAAUGGACCUUUUUGUGGGCAUGUUGAUGGGGCACUUGUGUUUAGAGUCAAUUCACCGGGACCUGCCUCGAGUGAUUUUACGUUCCGAAUAGCUGCAAGAAUUACUGAGAGUUCAGUGAUUACGGUGUCCCUGGGCCGUGUUCCCAGGUUGGGGUUCUCACCAAUGGGUGAAUCUCUACUUUCAGAGGUCCCAAGAGUGGAGAGUCCUAGUUAUGUUAGAGGCGAGAGGAAGGAAGGGGGUGGAAUUGUGAUCAGGGAGCAUGUUCUUGAGUUUCUGUUGACAAUGAAUCAUUCUGAGGGGGGCGAUAAUCCUGUACCUAGAACUGUAUCAAAUCUUGUUGUUCACAUUAUUGAUACACAUGUGGACCAACUCCAAGAUCUUGUGACUAAACUUGAAAUGGAGUUGGAUUCAGUGGAGUUUGAAAUGGAUAAAGGUGGUUUUGCUUUGAAGAAACAAAUGCUGGAUGACAGGAGAUUCCCAAAAUUGCAUCUUAAUUUGCAGCGACUCUUGCAGGUAAUAGCACAUGGGGAGCAAGUGUUUCCUAGAGUCAAGGAAAAGUGCUCUUCAAAACGAUGGUUUGCCAACGAGGAUAUUAUCUCACUUGAAGAGUUAAUUGGACGGCUCAGGAGGUUAAAAGAGAAUGUUGGGUUUAUAGCCAAUCGUGUUACAGCAAUCCAGGCUGGUCUUGAUAGCUGGCAAGCUGAGCAAAUAAACAGGAAAUUAUAUUAUCUCUCAUUCCUCUCAAUAAUAUUCCUUCCCUUAUCCAUCAUCACUGGAGUGUUUGGGAUGAAUGUGGGAGGAGUUCCAUGGACAGGACAACGAGACCCAGCUCUAAAAAAUGGGUUCCGCAACGUCAUGUUACUGUGUGUGAUGAUGUUAUUUCUAGUGCUCUUAUGCUUUGCUUUCCCAGCUAUCUAUGCCCGUAUAGCUUCUUGGCGGAGACGAAGGGCUUUGCGGAGAAGCUGGUCGCUCAACAGGAAGUCAUUCCUUAAGAGAAUCCCCGGCGGAUCCGAAAGAGGGGGUUAUCUUAGGAUUUGAAGAGAGUAAUACUAUCUCAUGGAAAGUUCUUCAACCCACCAGUUGCCAUCAACCAACUUGGGUUUAUCCAUUUCUUGAAUGACAAACAAUAGCAUCUUAAUCAACUCCUCCAUGGAAAUGGAAAUUCUUGUGAAGUGUUUAAUGUUUAUUCCAGUCAAAGAUGAAGCAGGUUCGAGUUUUCUAGUUGGAAGUGAGCCUAUUCUUUUGUUGAUUCCAUUUUUCUAUCUUUCGUGUUUUCCUCUCAGUAUAUAUCGUCUUCCACUUCCAGAGAACCCAUUAACUGUAUGUGCAUUUUAUUUUUCGGUCCUAGACAGAUACAUUGAGAAUCAUUGUCAUUUAAUGUAACAGUAUGUUACUAACAUAAUCAUUGUCUAGUAACCCAUUAACUGUAUGUCACUAAAAAUUCCUCAAGAUGAAGA